GUCGUCGAACUCCCCCUCGGCCUCCUCUCCGCGCCCGCACCGUCGACCUCGCCUCCGCCUCCGCCGAGCGGCGCCGGCCUGCUUCCGCCGCACCCUUCGCAGGUAGGAGAGACAAGAUUUUGAGGAUGCCGAAGGCCACGAGUGAUGCAAAGCUUCUUAUUCAAUCCCUGGGCAAGGCCUAUGCUGCGACACCAACAAAUCUCAAGAUUAUCGACCUCUAUGUGGUUUUUGCGGUUGCUACAGCCCUUACUCAGGUCGUUUACAUGGGAAUAGUGGGGUCAUUUCCUUUCAACUCUUUCCUUUCUGGCAUCCUUUCAUGCAUAGGAACCGCUGUGCUCGCUGUUUGCCUACGUAUUCAAGUCAACAAAGAUAACAAGGAAUUCAAGGAUCUUCCUCCAGAAAGAGCUUUUGCAGAUUUUGUUCUGUGUAAUCUGGUGCUCCACUUGGUGAUCAUGAACUUCCUUGGCUGAGAUUCUGCUGCUGGAACUGAUUAAGGUUUUGUAGCCCCCAGUCCAUGGUCACUGUUAGCGCGCCCUAAUGUUUGGGACUAUCAUAGUAUCAGAUAUUCAUACCAACUUCCACACAUCACCGAUGUAAUCUGAGAAUUUUUCGAGAAACUUCAAGUUCUCUACCUGCUACUCUCGCUGCAGUUAAUUUUACUUAGGCGUAUUUAGCGUUGAACAAUGUUAGAACAUGCCAACCAGUUUUCUUCGGUGCCUGAAGAUUGGGCAAUGUGUUACUGGACUAUCGUCUUUGUCGUUAAUUGCUGUUCACCCUUUGUUCCA